AUGGACAGCCUCUGUGCAGCAAAUACCACUUUUGCACUUGACCUUUUAAGAAAGCUGUGUGAGAGCAAGAGCAGCCAGAAUGUAUUCUUUUCUCCUUUUAGUAUUUCUUCUGCUUUGUCUAUGAUCUUGCAGGGUGCAAGAGGUAACACCAAAGCCCAGAUAGGAAAGGUGCUUUCUCUGAGGAAAGCUGAGGAUGCUUCCAAUGAGUAUCAAUCUCUUCUCUCUGAAAUUAAUGAUCCAAACACCAAAUAUAUACUGAGAACUGCUAACCGACUUUAUGGAGAAAAGACAUUUGAGUUUCUGUCAUCGUUUAUAGAGUCAACUCAGAAACUCUACCAUGCUGGCCUAGAACCGACUGACUUCAUCCAUGCUUGGGAGGAUUCCAGAAAACAAAUAAAUGGCUGGGUAAAGGAAAGGACUGAAGGUAAAAUUCAGAACAUGUUGGCACAGGGGAUUCUUGAUUCACAGACCAGACUUGUAUUGGUGAAUGCCAUUUAUUUCAAAGGCAGCUGGGAAAAGCAGUUCAACAAAGAGAAAACAGCAGAAAUGCCAUUUCAAAUUAACAAGAAAGAGACCAAACUUGUGCAGAUGAUGAUGAUGAAGGAUAGUUUUAACAUGACCUAUAUUGGGGACUUCCAGACCAAAAUCCUUGAGCUGCCCUAUGUCGGUAAUGAGCUCAGCAUGUUCAUCCUGCUCCCUGAUGCAAUUGAAGAUGGAUCCACUGGUUUGGAACAUCUGGAAAGAGAACUUACUUAUGAGAAGCUGACAGAUUGGAUCAAUCCUGAAAUGAUGGACUGUACAGAGGUGAGGGUGUCUUUACCCAGAUUUAAACUGGAAGAAGAUUAUGCUCUGAAACCCCUUCUGAGAAGCAUGGGAAUGCCUGAUGCCUUUGACUUAGGGAAGGCAGACUUCUCGGGAAUGUCGGCUGGCAAUGAGCUGGUGCUCUCUGAAGUGGUCCACAAGUCCUUUGUGGAAGUCAAUGAAGAAGGCACCGAAGCAGCAGCUGCCACAGCAGGAGUGAUGCUGCUGCGCUGUGCAAUGAUCGUUCCCGAGUUCACUGCAGAUCAUCCCUUCCUCUUCUUCAUCCGGCACAACAGAACUUCCACCAUUUUGUUCUGUGGCAGGUUUUGCUCUCCCUAA